AUGGCUUCCACAUUGUUGCUAACAGACGACUGUUUACACAAAAUUGUUUCAUACAUAGAUGACCCAAAUUCUUUUUACAACAUCGCUCUAACCUGCCAGAGACUUCUACAAGUGACCAGAAACACGAGAAGCGUCCUGCAUACAAAUCUGCUACGAGUAAAAGCUGAAUACUACAUCAAGUGUUUCACUGUCGAAAAUGGCGAUGAUUAUGAGGCAUUUAGCAAGGUAGAAGCUUUCCUCCUCGAAGCCUCGCGACUUACAGAAGCAAAAGGAAUGCUUUCCUAUGACAAAGUGGUAGACAUAUGGCAAAGAAACGGACCGGUGGUCGCUAAACUCUUCACGUGGCUGAGAAGUAAAGAAUCUAGCGUGGAAGAAGGCGAACCAAGAGCGACUUGUUUUACCGAAUCUCGGAAAGUUACACUUCGUUUACCAAGCUCUGGAAAAACCAUGGUGAUCGAAACUUCGUAUUUCAGGGAUUAUAAUCAUGUUUAUGACCCAGAACUAAGCAUUCACCUUACUUGUGGAGACCUGGAUGUUACUUCCGAAGGUUUUACCCACUACUCUCCAGAAGAUUACAUGUAUUGGGAAGAAGAUGAAGUGAGCCGUGCAGUGCAGCCGAUGAAAGCGAUCAUUGAACUUCUUCAGAAGGAGCUCGGCGAAACUGUUCCGCAGAUAUCAAGUCGCUUCUUUAUUUGGCUGUGUUACUUCUUUCCAGACGAAUCUAACCUGAAUGAAGCACAUCGUGUCAGGUUCAAAGAUGAUGGCAGAAACAUGAAACCUACUUAUGCAUCAGUACAAACUACAAUAGACCAGCUCCGAAAGGAUCAGCAAAUUGACGGCAAGCUGCAAAGGCUAAUGUCAGGUUGGAAGAGUGAUGAAGACCAAAAGUCCAAGUAUUCCAGAAUGGCUGCAGAAACAGUAAUUAUAUUAGCUCAGAAGUCAAAAACAAAUGUUCUCAAACGUCUAAAAGAAGAUGCAAGUCGGUUUCAUUUAAUUGCCACUGACUACGACAUGAAGAAAUUACCAAAACAACUUCUGCUUGACCUGAUACUUCGCCUGUCGUUAAAGGAAAGCGGCUAUGGUGCUGCCUCGAUUGCUGACAAGUGCGUUGAAUCCACAGUAUUUUUCAGAUGCCAUGGGAAUAAACCCAUGAAAGUGUGUGGCUCCAUGCGUGGGGAUGGGGCAGGACUCCCAUCUUGGGACGAAAUAGAGCUUGAGUUUACCCUACCUGAUGGCAAAGUUUUAAUGCUAGGGGGAGAAAAUGAGCCAUUACAAAUUGAAAAGCUCAGCCCAGUUACAGAGCUUCUGCGGCAAGGUUUCAGUCAGCAAAGGCAAGGAGAAGAGCUUAUCUCUAAGAUCGGGAACUUGUUCACGGCUGCUUUCUUUUUGACCGCUUUGGAGUUCAAUGUGGAUUCAGACACUUUCUUAGGAGGAUACAACAAGCUGAUUCCAUCAGAUUCAGAGGAAGAAUCAUCAGCUGCAGAAUCGUCUGAGGAAAGUGAGCCAUGACAUUGAAAACAGUCCAACCACCAGAUAGUUGAUAUUUAACUCUAAAGCUUUUCAGUAGAUGUUGAUAGUACUGACCAUAGGGCUCUGUGGAGCAUUGAAAAUGUAACUCCAGUGUGCCCCAAAAAAGUUUCGGACAGCCUGGGACUAGGGAGUGACCCAUUGGGCUUGCGUGUUUUAGUAUGAGUUGUUUGCCAGAAGUAAAUGUUAGUGAAAAGGAAGGUUGUUAGGCCUGCAUGACUGCCUGGGCUAGUGAAGGUCAGCAAUGGCUUGCCCAUAGAGCUAGUGAGUUUUUGUUUUUAUGUUCAUCUCACCCGGACUUCUGUGGCCUAAUCUCAUAACCUGCUUUCACUUUUGCUUAAUUUCUAUUCUCUUGAUUAUAAAUUAUUGGAUUCACCUAAACCUGUAGACUGUCUAGAAAUGUGUUUCAUAGACUGCAGGACCACCAGUUAGUACUCUGUAAAUUGAUAAUCUGAAUCUUCAAGUACAUAUCAUGGCUCUUUUCUUGUUUUCUUGACUGCAACAAAACCUGUAUGACUGAGAAAAAUCAAUUUUCAUGUUAAUCAUGAUCUUUAUUGUAGAGGUGAUGGUUACAGACUGACGUGUCACAACUUGUUAUGUUGCUGCUAUAUUAAUUAUAACAUAAUUAUUAUGUUGCAAAGAAUACAGGUGAAUAUCAAGCCCAUUGUUUUAACAUUGUAAUUACUGUUUUUUGUGCAGGCAAGAGUAAUGACGGAGAAAUAAAUCACUGCAGUACUAGUUCCUGAAAUUGACAAUUUGUCACUGCAUAUUUUGUAGCAGUUAAAAUACAACCAUAAAUUCUGAAUAAAGACCGAAGCUCUUUAUAGAGGAACAAAGUUAUUUUACUUUCUCAUGCAAACUAAUGACAAAAAUACUGUUUACACAUUAUUACUGAUCACAACGGACUUUCACUUCCAAUGCAUUAAAGUAUAUACGUACCACUCAAGUUACCAUGACCAAGACAGAGAGUCUCUAUGACUCAUGCAAAACAGGACUUCAGUCUGGUUCUUCCCCUUUCUUUGUGACCCGCACUGCAUUCAAACCAUGUGAACUCAGCUGAUAAAACUAAUUUUUUGUGUGUCUAUAUUUUCAGCUUUAGUUAUCACUGAGUUGCCUUUGAUUCCCAAUUACUGUAACAUUUUUUUCCCUUCGUUUUACUGUUCUUUACCCGCUUGUAUUUAGAUAUUUCUUCUCUGUUUCGAUUACACUUUUUUAUUGUUUUCAUUUCAUUUUUCCAUCCUUUUUUUUCCCUUUUUUUCUCCUCCACACCCCCUCAAUUCUUUUCUUUAACCAUCCGCAUUUUUCAUCCGUCAUCCGUCAUCCGUAGAUAUCCGGUUCCCGAUUUACUGACACCCCUGUAGUUUACGGUUGUCAUGGUUGUCUGAACAUGCAAAUUUCUAAAUCACUUGUUCAUGAUAUGUUUGCGUGACCCGACAAUCUAAUAUGGCUCCCAUAUCAGUUGUGGCUAACAGACGAUUGUCUGCUCAGAAUUGUUUCAUGUAUUGAUGACCCAACUUCUUUUUACAACAUCGCAUUAACCAACAGAAGACUUCUGCAAGUGACCAAGAGUGCGAAAAGCGCCCAUCAUAAGAACCUUUUACUGUUGAAUUCCGAGUACUUUAUUAAAUGUUUGGUGGUCGAGAGCGGCAAUGAUUCCAAGUUAUGGUGGCUUACUACAGUUUUCUUUGUUUUGUUUUGUUUUGUUUUUUUUUUUUCAAUUCAAAGUAGACAGACUGCAAAUUAUAGUAGUUGCUAAAAAAUAUAUCUACAUGUCCCAACUGUUCAUCAGUAGGAUGCCUAAAAUGCGUGCUAUUCCACAAAAUUAUUGGUUUCGGCUCCAUUCAAUAACAGCGUUAGCGACGCGCGCUCAGCAAGCCACGCAAGAUCUCUCACGCAUACAAAACUCCCGCUAGCUAGACAAAGAAAACCCCGAGAUCAAACGAUAUGAAAACCUUCCAGAUAAAAUUCCCUAUUAUCUUAGGGUUUCUCAAGACGUAUUUUUGUAGCAAACUUAGAUAUUUAGGUUCAGAAAGUGUGAGUAAAACUUAUUUUUAUUACUGCUAGGUUUUAGCAGGUUUUCGGCUCAAGAAUAUGACAAAGAGAUAAAUUUUCGCACUAGCGUGUCACCUAUGUUAUAUUCGACAACUGAAAAACGCCUUUUGAACAAGUGGAUUGUAAUCCGUUUUUUACCUGCAGUGUCUGUUCUAGUUUAUGACUGAUUUGUAAAAGACAACAGUCGCUUUUGCAAUGAAAGUACUAACUUUAAAUAUGCGCUUGAAACAGACAAGAAAAAAAUGUGAGCUUACAUAAAAUAUGAUUCGGCUUCGAGCCGAAGAAGCAAAGGAACACAACCAGAUUAGAUUGGGUUCGGUUUUUCAAUCCGUUUUGCAAGUUAUCAUCAAUAAAUCCUAAAUGUGUGAAGUCUAAAAAUUAUAUGAAUGUGAAAAUAAAGGUUUCUUUAAUGCCGUGGUUCUAAGAAUAAAGCUAAGUCAUAUUACUUUGGUCAACACUACCACUUAAAGAGUACGAGAUGCCGGAUGCUCGCGACUUACAGAAGCCAAUGAAAUGCUUACUUAUGAGAAGGUGAUAGAUGUAUGGCCAAAGAACGGAGCUGUGGUCGCUAAACUCUUCUCGUGGCUGAGAAAUAAAGAGUCCAGCCUGCAAGAGGGUGAUCCGAGAGCGACUUGUUUGACAGGAUAUCGAAAAGUAACUUUUUGUUUACCUAGCUGUGGAGAAACAGGAGAAAGCCUGACGAUACAGACCUCCUACUUCAGGGAUUAUGGUCAUCAUUAGGAUCCAGAACUAAGCAUCCACGUCACCAGUGGAGACAUCGAUGAAGGUUUUACCCGCUGCUCUCCAAAAGAUUACUUGGAUUGGGAAGAAGAUGAAAAAAAAAAAAGAAGAAAAUGAAGUGAGCCGUGCAGCAGUGCAGCCGAUGAAAGCAAUCAUUGAACUUCUUCAGAAAGUGCUCGGCGAAACUGUUCCACCGGUAACGAGUCAUUUCUUUAUAUGGCUGUGCUACUUCUUCCCAAAUGAGUCAAACUUGAAUGAAGCACACAGGCUAAAUUUCAAAGAUGCCAUCAAGAACAUGCAACCCUCUUUGACCUCCGCACAGGCUGCCAUAAGUGAGUUCCACAAUUAUUUGCAAACUGCAACCAAAGUUCAAAAGCUAAUGUCCAAGUGGGGGGUGAUAAGCACCUUCAGUCCGAGUAUUCCAGAGUUAUAAUGGAAAUUCUCAGGAUAUUGACUCAGAAAUCAGAAACAAGAAUUCUAAAAUGUCUGAAAGGAGAUGCAGAGAGGUUUCAAGGAAUUGCUUCCUAUUAUGAGUUGAAGAAAGUGCCAAAACAACUUGUCCUUGAGUUGAUUCUUCGAACGUCUGUAAAGGAAAGUGACCAUGGGCCUGGAUCAAUUGCUGACAAGUGUGUUAAAGGCCAAGUAAUUUUUAGGUGUCAUGGAUGCGAAAUCAUUACAGUGCGUGGUGUAAUACAUGGUGAUGGCGCAGGGUACCCAUCUUGGCACAUAUUAGUACUUGACUUCACCCUACCAGAUGGAAAACCUCUAAGGUUAUAUGCACGGCACACGCCAUUGCAAUCUGAAAGUCUUCACCCUGUUACAGAGCUUCUACAACAAGGUAUUAGUCAGCGAAUGAGAAAAGCGCAUCCCUAA